CGGGGCAUUUUCGCACAAUCUGCCAUAGCUUUUUUGAGUUUAUCAAUGAACAAAUGUUUUUUUUCUUGUGAAAAUCUGUAAUUCUUAAAUCAGUUGACAUACAUCCCUUUUGUGAUUUUGCCAUCAAGAGAGAAUGGAUAAAGAGGUGCUGAAAGAAUGGGAAAAAGAAUAUAACACACAAUUGAAAUUCAACGCCGGCGUAGAAUUCGACAUAGAGCGAGUGAUCUACGCCGUGUUCUAUGAGUUCGAUGAGAGCCAGGAACCGAGGUUUUCAAUUUUCUGUAAAGUUUGGAAGGAAUCGAAGCUUGGUCUCAUCUUCAAUGGACGUGAUAGCUUCAGAGAUUUGUACGAACUCAGUACGGAUAUAUUUUUCAGGGUCAAGAAAUACGCCAAAGCCAUUUAUAAGGAGAAAGAAAAUAACGUUUUAGUUAGGUAUGCGGCCAUAUAUAUGUUGUACUCCUUCUACUUCAAGCAACCCUGUAGACCUAAAGUUAGGAUUAAACUAAGCUAUGACGAGUUUAAGGAUAUAUCUGCACUGAUGGAUGAGGCUAGGAAGGAUAUCCACUAUGAUAUUUUGUACGCCUGGAACAAGCUGAUAUUGAGUAAUGCGUUCCAUUACUCUGUUGUUGGAGAGCAGAUGGGUAUAGAGGUUGCUAAAACACUGGAGAGAAAGGAAGAUCAGUCAAACAGUUCCGUCCAACCAUCAAAUCAAUAUUUUAAAUCCAAGGAAUUCAGAAACAUGAUGAGACGAUUGACCAAGGCACAUGACAAUUAUGUCAAGGUUAAGAACGCAUUCACCCAGGAUUCAGUCUCUGGGCACUCUCUAAACCUAAUGGACGUAGACCUUAUCAAAAACAUUGAAGAGUUGAUUAAAGACGAGGAAGAUGAACCUAAGAUGAAAGGAGACAAAUCUCAACCUGAUGAUAUCGGAGAGAAGAGGAAAAGGUUGAAAGAACAGUAUUUCUCCAAGGAGCUGGAUCCAGGUCCUAGAGAGGGUUUAAGAUUUGAUGUAGAGGAGGACGAAGAAGAGGAAGAAUGGACUCCAGGAGGUUCAGGGAAGAAAAAAACAUCUUCUAAGAAAGCAUUAUCUAGAAACAAACCUGAGAAGAAACUUCCUAAGCAAAGGGGGCGGAAAAGAACCAAAGUUUCAGAUUCUGAAUAAUAAAAUGUGAUAAGAUAAUCUUUUAAUAUUCCAGA